CAAAAGUAUAAACUUAAGGUAGAAAAUAUUACUGCUUCCAGAGGAAAAAAGGGAAAUGCUGCUAGUAAAGAAGUGCAGAAAAAUGUAUUGUUUAAUCAAGCAAAUGCUCAGGUUACCAAAAGUAAAAGAGGUGUUUCAAAUCCAACUCAACGAGAAAAUGUUGCAGCUGUAAGACAAAGCAAGAGAAGUGCUUUAGAACAAAAUACAAACAAGGAUUUCAACUUUAACCGAGUAAAACCUCAGAUUAUGAACAACACUAGAGGUGUUUCAAAUCUAAGUGAGCAAGAAAUGAGUGCAUAUUGUGGAAGCAUUCAAAAGUCAAUGCAAAAGGAGAACCAGCAGGGGGGCUCUCACUCAGGAACAAUCCCAAUACAAAAGAAAAGGCAUGAUCAAAACAAACGAUUCUUGAACACCAAAGUUGUGACUAAAAAAUUGGGGUAUAUGCAAGUUCCUUGUGAAAAGAAACCUGUCAAAUCUACAAUCAGGGGCCAAGUUGAACCAAUUCAAAAGCUUCAGGAUAACAACGAAGAAUUCUUUCGUAACAUUAAUUCUAAGCGACAACUAAGAACAACAAUGACACAUGAAGUCCAAGAAGUGCCAGAAGAGCAUUUCUCUAAGAAGAAAAAACCCAAUCCAAAAUGUCCUGUGAUGUCACUCGAUGAGUUCAUCAAUAAGAAUAAGAAACAACAUGAGAAUGAUGAAACUGAAUCUGAAUAUGAGGAAGAAAAUGACAUGAACGUGGAAGUUGAAGGGGACAUCAACCAUGAAAGCAAUGAGGGUAUUGAAGAAAUUGGUCCUGCGGGUGCAACAUCAGUAAGAAAACGAGGAAAGACACUAUGUCUAAAAGUUCAUGCACGAGGCCUUGAAGAUAGAAAGGAAAUCAUUCUAAAUGCAGAAGGGCAGCCUAUUGGUCCUGAUGAAAAGACUCUAUCUGAAUUGAGCAGUUUUUUGGGAACAAUAGCAAGAAGUGCAGAUUUAUGUCCUCUUAUAUAUACUAAUUGGAAGGCUGUGAACAAAGGCCCUAUAUGGGCUUAUGUUAAUAAAAAAUUCCACAUUCAAGACAAAGGGAAGAAAUAUGUAUAUGCUAUCAUUAAUGAUGCUUGGAGGAGACAUAAGUACUCUACCAAGAAGGAUCAUUUUACCAAGUAUAGAAGCUUGCGUGAAUGUCUUAAAAAUCGUCCUAAGGAGAUACCAGAAGAGCACUUUAAGGAGUUGAUAGAAUAUUGGAAGCUAGACACCGUAAAAGCCAUUAGUCAUCAAAAUUCCCAAAAUACAUCUCAGCAAAAAUGGAGGCAUCGAGUUGGUCCGAUAAGCUUUGCUCGUAUCAGGGAGAGAUUGGUAGUCC